CACACACGAGACCACUAUACUCCUAACACCUUCUAGUUGAAGUUUCAAUCAUUCCUUUCGAAGUACCAGCCUAACAGUAAGCAUAGACAGGCCAUCGACAGGUAGCAUAUUAUAUUAACUACUGUGUUAACUAGCGGCAGUGUUGUUUUCACGGCAAAAAACUAUCCAUUCACAAUAGGGAUAUCUGGAUUACAUACAUAUCAACUUUGAAUGUAAGAUUCAUCACUUGACCGUUACUGGGUGUUUGAGUUGACCCAUGUGCUCUCGUGGCUUGUAAUCGUGCAGACACGCGUUGUCCCCGCGGAGGGGAGUGUUACUGCGACCCCAGUGGCUUUUAACAUUUGUCAUCCCAGUGCCGUAGCAUUGUCUUCUACAUUCUAAGUGUUCUAAGCUAUGGAAUCAUACUCCGUGUGUGUGGAUCUACUCAUCGUAUUGGCGCUACACAUCUGUAUAGUACCAGUUCCUGGUCAGUUAUGGUCAGAAUGGUGGACGUACCAGGGUAUAUCAGGGCCAAAGUUCUGGGGAUAUCAUAAUCCGGAAUGGAUUUUGUGUCGGAAAGGAAAAUUACAAUCACCUAUAGACAUUGAUCCACACAAUCUUAUAUACGACCAAAAUCUACGACAGUUAGAAAUAGGGCAAGACAAGAUAGACGGAAAGCUAAUAAACACAGGUCACGAUCUGACCUUGACAGUGGAUGACCUUGACUUCACCUUCACAGGGGGUCCCCUAUCAUAUGACUACAUUGUUUACGAGAUAAAGAUACACCUGGGAAACUCAGAUCGAGUCGGAUCAGAACACACAGUCGGUGGUAAUGCUUUUCCUAUGGAGAUACAAAUAGUUGGUUACAAUGGAGAACUGUACACAAAUGCAUCACAAGCACUUCUUUCUCCUCAUGGACUGGCUGCUAUAUCAGUAAUGGCUAUGGUCACAGAGUCAGGAAACGAACAUUUUGGAAAGCUCGUUGACAUGUCGAAAAGUAUUGAACAUAGAGGAAUGCAAAAGGACAUACAGGGAUUUUCUGUAUCACAAAUGUUGCCGACAUCAGAUUAUUUCAUUACGUAUGAAGGGUCACUCACACAACCCGGUUGUCACGAGACAGUCACGUGGAUAAUAUUAAAUAAACCUAUACACGUAUCAAAAGACCAGCUUAAUUUACUGCGUGAAUUGACAUUUACUGGCGGUAAAGGAGACGGACUAAUGGAAAAUAAUUUUAGACCACCUUUACCUCUCAAUAGAAGGCUAGUGAGAACGAAUAUACAAUCUAACUCACAGGAUGAAGAAUGUCAUGCGAGAAAAGUCACGUUUUAUCAAGUAAAUUAUAAACUUACGGAGCCCUAAGAAGUCCUACCCAAGGUGUUUACUUUCAUUUUCAAUCUGAGCUACAGGUCCCUAGAGUUUGAUCUGCAUGGCGGGGUGUUGGAGGUAACACAAUAAGGGCUUCAACAAAAACACGCACAGUGGCAUGCGCAUGCGCAGCGAUCGCUUGUUCAUGUGCAUGCGUCUUCCGGCCCUUUCAACAACCCAUCAUUACCAAAGACGCUAUAACGUUGCAAAAGAUGAGCUUGGUCAGAUGACUUCAAUAUAACAUUGACGGUGUACCAACAACAUUAGUCGCUCUGUUACUAGCGAUACAAGGAGGAUUAUUUGUGAAAAGGGUCACCUGUAAUUGCACGUGAUGAAGCACGCACGUGACUAAGGACAAAUUCGGGACAGGUUCAAUCUGUCAUUGUAAAUAAGGACAUUUCAAUGACUAUCUGCUGAUAAUUGUGUUCUAAUUUAAGUGAAAGAUGCGUUAAAUAUAUCAUACUUUGUUAAUGUUAUCUUGAACAGUCUCUCUAAUACGUCACUUACUGUUUUAUGUUAACGUGUUAACCAAAUCAUAACAUCUAUAUGAAUCCUAUUAUUUUCUAUUAAACUGUGAUUAGCAAUUUUUUCCAUAUUCAUUAU